AUGCUGUCCUGGCGGCUGCACACGGGCCCCGAGAGGGCCGAGCUGCAGGAGCUCAACGCCCGGCUCUACGACUACGUGUGCCGGGUGCGGGAGCUGGAGCGCGAAAACCUGCUCCUGGAGGAGGAGCUGCGCGGCCGGCGCGGGCAGGAGGGCCUGUGGGCCGAGGGGCAGGCGCGCUUCGCAGAGGAGGCGCGCGGCUUGCGGCAGCAGCUGGACGAGCUGAGCUGGGCCACGGCGCUGGCCGAGGGCGAGCGCGAUGCGCUGCGGCGCGAGCUGUGGGAGCUGCAGCGCCUGGGCAAGGAGGAGCGCGCCGCCCGCGGCCGCCUGGACGCCGAGCUGGGCGCACAGCGGCGCGAGCUGCAGGAGGAGCUGGGCGCGCGCGCCGCCCUCGAGGCGCUGCUGGGCCGGCUGCAGGCCGAGCGCCGCGGCCUGGAAGCGGCCCACGAGCGAGACGUGCGGGAGCUGCGCGCGCGCGCCGCCCGUCUGACCAUGAGCUACCGCGCCCGCGCCCCCGGCCCCGCCGCGCCCCCGCCGCGCCUGCGGGAGGUGCACGACAGCUACGCGCUGCUGGUGGCCGAGUCGUGGCGGGAGACGGUGCAGCUGUACGAGGACGAGGUGCGCGAGCUGGAGGAGGCGCUGCGGCGCGGCCAGGAGAGCCGGCGCGAGGCCGAGGAGGAGACGCGGCUGUGCGCGCAGGAGGCGGAGGCGCUGCGGCGCGAGGCGCUCGAGUUGGAGCAGCUGCGCGCGCUGCUGGAGGAAGAGCUGCGGCGGGUGCAGGAGGAGUACGGGCUGCAGGCGGAGGAACGGCAGAGAGUGAUUGCCUGCCUGGAGGAUGAGAAGGCGGCCCUCACCUUGGCCAUGGCUGACCGGCUGCGGGACUACCAGGAGCUCGUGCAGGUGAAGACCGGCCUCAGCCUGGAGGUGGCCACGUAUCGAGCCUUACUGGAAGGAGAGAGUAAUCCAGAGGUAUUGGUCUUGACUGAGCGCCUUGAAAACGUGCCACAAGAGCUCAGGAGCGCGUCCUAUCGCUACGCCAGCUCGGUGUUACAGAGGGAAAAUGAAAGGAAUCUGUUUGCCAGGCAGAAAGCACCCGCGGCCAGCUUCAGCCACAGCCUGGCGCGGCACCCGCACCUGCCGGCCCAGCCCGCCGCGGCAGGUGCUGCCGGAAGAGGCUUCCGAGGCUCAGAAUAUUCUUCCCGCACCGCCACCCGGGAGGAAACGACUUACGAAGAAACUGCCGACAAGCGUGAGAAAACUGCCAAGAGUCAAACCAACUUCAGAACUUUCUCUCCAGCGCACGGUCUUUUAAGAGACCCUGAAGCUCUAGCGCAGACAUUCCCCGAGAGGCCAAGAACCGCAAGUACGAAGGACGCCUCCACUCGUGAGGCCCGAGAGUCGGCCGUGGCCCAGAAGUCCUACCAAGAGCAGCGGGACGAUGGGCCGGCAGGCGCUUCCAGAAGCACUUGGUCAAGUGAGAGGACCGUCAUUGUGGGAAAGAAGACAGAAGCUCACGCCACGAGGGAGCGAGACAGAAACAGGCCAGGAACCGUCCAGACAAAGCUGGAGGAGAAAAUGUUUGAUUCCAAAGAGAAGGCUUCCGAGGAGAGAAACCUAAGGUGGGAAGAGCUGACGAAGUUAGAUAAAGAAGCAAGAAAGAGAGAAAGCCAGCAGCUGAGGGAACAGGGGAGAGGGAAGGAGUCGGCGCAGGAGAAAAGCGUGAGAGAGAAAGAGGUGCCGAUCAGUCUAGAAGUCUCCCGGGAGAGCGCGCCACAGGCAGCCCCAGAAGCUUGCCAGACGCCCCCCCAGGAGCACGCCCGGGAUGGCACCGGGAGAGGCGUGGAAACCCGGGAGGCCCGGUUUAGGCUGGGCCCCGGCGACACCGCCAGCUCACCGAGGGGCGAGUCCACGACCGAAACCAUAGCGGAAAACAUCGUGUCCAGCAUCCUGAAGCAGUUCACCCAGUCUCCGGAUGCAGAGGCAUCUGCUAAUGCUUCUCCAGACACAAAGGUCACUUACGUGGACAGGAAAGAGCUUGCCGGCGACAGGCAAACAAAGACCGAGAUAGUCGUGGAGUCGAGACUGACGGAGGAGGUCGAUGUUUCGGACGAAGCCGGCCUGGACUACCUUCUGAGCAAGGACGUGAAGGAGGUGAACCUGAAGGGAAAGUCGGCCGAGCGGAUGAUAGGAGACAUAAUCAACCUUGGUCUGAAAGGAAGAGAGGGGAGGGCAAGGGUCGUCAACGUGGAGAUCAUCGAGGAACCCAUGAGCUACAUCAGUGGUGAGAAGGCAGAGGAGUUUUCUACCCCGUUCAAAGUAGAGGAGGUGGACGAUGUGUCUCCAGGCUCCAAGGGGCUUGUUGACGAGGGAGAAGGUUAUGGAGGAGCAGAUAUCACGUUCUCAGGUAAUCGGCCUAAGGAGACCAAGUGGCCCCAAGAGAACGUAAGCCAUGUCGAGGAAGUCAUGGAGGCAGGCGACUCGGAAGGAGGAGAGCAGAGUUAUUUUGUGUCGACGCCAGAUGAGCACCCCGGGGGGCAGGACAGAGACGACGUCUCGGUGUAUGGGCAGAUCCACAUUGAGGAAGAAUCGACCAUCAGGUACUCUUGGCAAGAUGAGAUUCUGCCAGGGACUCGGAGAAGAAUAAAGAGGGAUGACGGGUCGGAAGAGACGGUUGUGAGGCCACCGGAUGUCUUAGAAGCUCCGCUGGAGGAAGACAUGGGUCGUACUCACUGGCAAGAACAAACUAGAAGCGGUGAAUUUCAUGCCGAACCCACAGUCAUCGAAAAGGAGAUUAAAAUACCACCCGAGUUCCACACGUCCAUCAAGGGGGCCUUCAAGGAGCCCCGACACCAGCUGGUGGAGGUGAUCGGGCAGCUAGAAGAAAGCCUUCCAGAGCACAUGAAGGAAGAGCUGUCGGCCUUCACCAGAGAGGGGCAGGGCGGGCCCGAGAACGUGUCCAUCGACGUCAAGAAAGUGCACACCUCCGGCGGUAGGGCCGUGACCUUGGUUGCCGAAGUCAACCUCUCGAAAACCGUGGAUGCCAAUCAGUUAGACCUGGAGGAGCUGAGCAGAGAUGAAGCCGGGGAGAUCGAGAAGGCCGUGGAGUCGGUGGUACGAGACAGUUUGGCCAAGCGGCACAGCCCGGCAGCCCCCAGGAGCCCAGACGGGGAGAGCGCAGCGGAGGCCCCGGCUGCCGGCCUCCGCUUCAGGCGCUGGGCCACCCAGGAGCUGUACUGCCCCUACGGUGAGGAGGACGACGCCGGCAGGGCCUCCCCCGGCACCGAGCCGGCCAUGUCCCAGGGGCCCGUGUCGGCCACCGUGGAAGUCACCAGCCCGACGGGCUUUGGCCAGUCGCACGUGCUCGAGGAUGUAAGCCGGUCUGUCCGGCGCGUUCAGAUAGGCCCCACUGGGAUCUGGAGGACUGAGCACGUCUCUCACGAGGGACCCACGGCAGAGGUGGUGGAGGUGGACGUGAGCAACGUAGAGGUGACCCCUCGCUGGACACGAGAGACCACGGUCUUCUUCCCCGCAGGGACGGAAGCGGCUGCGCAUGGCGCCCCCGACGGGGGCAGUGGGAAGGCCUGGGUGGCCGGCGGGAGCUCGCAGGGCUCUGCUGGGGACGGACGCCAGGUCCCCGGGGAAAAGGGCAAGGAGCAGACUGAGUUUGACAAGACGGUGCAGCUACAGAGGAUGGUAGACCAAAGGUCGGUGAUUUCGGAUGAAAAGAAAGUGGCCCUCCUCUACCUAGACAAUCAGGAGGAGGGCAGUGAGGACCACUGGUUUUGA